AGGUGUGCAACAGGCUGUUGUGCCAAGUGCUUUUUCAGCAACUAUACUCCCUCCACGUACUGUACUGUGCAUCCAUAGACGCCGCAUGACGGCUUGAGGCAGUGGGCCUCAUCGGAAUCGAUACGUAUAUAUAGUAGGUCUAGGGUCCAGAGACUCCAGUCCUUUUGUGUAGUCCACGAAACACGACUGUUCCUCCUCAGGUUCCUCCUCGGCCAAGAUGGCAGACCACGGCGUAAACACCGGCAGCAGAAGCAGCGAGGGCAAUCCCAAUAUUCCUACCCCUACCGCCCCUGGCAUGCGCUUGUAUUUGUGUGGCCUCCCCCUACCCCUCGUCUGGAAGGAAGACUGGGGCGACGACUCCUCGAACGUUGGUUCCUCCAACAAGACAUGUUCCACAAAAAUCGACGAGGCCCUCGCAACAACCGGCACGGUCUUCGCAAAGACCGCUAAGGGUCUCACCGCUGCCCGGAAACAUGUUCUUGGUGCUUUAGUCUCCAUCGUCGGCUUGAUCCUGGUGGCUCUCGUAAUCCAACCUGAAUCUCGUUAUGCCUUUGGCUAUGAGGGUUUCGGUUAUGGGUCUUACCUUGGAGGUGUUCAUACGGUGACUCGUGUCGAGAGCUUCUGGAGGCAGGCUCUGCAAAUCAAUGGAGACCCUGGGACACGACUCACGGUCCUCGAAGACUAUCCCGAAAUAUCGGGCAAUCAGGACCUUCCCACCACUCCGCUGGCGGUCCGCAUGUGGUAUUCGGAUGACCAGACAUUGAAAAACUUCAUUAUUGGCCCUGGUGGGAAGGUGAACGUAACCUGGCAGGACGACGCGAGAUACAAGGCUGGCCAAAUUCAACUCCGAGUGAACCCAGUGUACGGAGAAGGUGACCACGGUGUCCCCGACCCUGCAGACUUUAUUGACCCUAUUGCCGCUGCCCGCGAAGGAAUAAGUUCAUACGAGUACACCAUGCCCGUACAAAACAAAACGGAACAGACACACCAGCGCGUGCAAGUCAGCUUGCGCAAACCCUACGGAUAUGGGGGAGCCCGGCCCAGUGGCGGAUCGUACUACGUCAAUGUCGACGCUACCGUCGUGCAGUAUGAGCGAUCCAAGAUAAUCGACGACACCGUGAUCAAAAACACAUGGGCCCCCGCGACUGUUAAUUUGCUGUACAUGAAGAAGCAGUAUGUCCUCGUCGACACCAACGCGGCCGGGUCGGACCGUUACGCCGAUGGCAGAUUCAUCACGCGCCGAUCCGUCCAAAUCGCCCGGAUCGUGCUGCUCGUGGUUCUGUAUACCCUCUUCUCGGUCUGCCUGGCUUGGGCGGUGUUCAGCCCUUCGGCCAGACGCAGGUUUAUGAUUGGCUGGAAAGAAGCUGGGAGUGAGGAGAAUCAGCCGUUGUUGGCUUCCCCUCCACCUCUUCAUGGUCUUCCUUCAACAUUCUUUCAAUAUCAAGUUUCCCCGCAUCAUUGGUGGUCUCGACAAUCCGGAAAAGAAGUAAGAGGGGGUUGCGCAACAGCCGAACUCGGCGUGGGGGUUCUGCAACAAAAUCCGAAGUCACCGGCCGUUGCAACACCCAAACGGCCAACUUCGACCCUGAACACUCGCCGGCCUCAGUCUGCGCAGUCUGUUGGCGUUCAGUUAAUUGGGUUUUUGUUGCGCAACCCCAUAUCCCACGUUAACGCGAACGCUGUUAAAGAAUCUCAACAAGCCACGAAACGUGUGGAUAAGACGUUACACGUCAAGCUGAUGGAGGCGAAGAACUUGUUUCAAGAAAAAUCACGCCACAAAGACAGCUACUGCACGGUAACAGUCGAAGGCGGCGAAAAGCGAUGGACACCUACCGUCUACCACGACUCCAACCCCUUCUUCGGCGAAGAAAUCGUCUUCAGCGACCAGCUGCCCGUAGAUGUAUGGCGGGUCACGGUGGAGAUGUGGCAGGACCAGAAGCAGCAGAGUCACGGGGGCAGCCAUAAUGCGCUUGGGCCGGAGGCGUCGGAUAGGUUGCUGGGGAGGGUGCUGUUUCCGAGGGAGUUGUUGGAAGAUGGACGGUUUGAGGAGGAGCAGUGGUUCGCCCUCUCGACCGUCGACCAGGACGUAGCGACGCUAGGAGAAAUCAAAUUCGGGAUGCGCUUCACCCCCACAGGUGCAAAGGCCGGCAAGCUCACCGUUCAGGUCCACGAAGUGCGGAACAUUAGCGCUGGGAGUGGGACGCGAGAUAUGCUGGCGGUGCUGCACGUCAUCCCGGACGAAGGCGCUACAAGCACCCGAGCGACGACAUGCGUGCGGGACUCGUUGAACCCGGUGUUUGAUCAAGAGGUGGCGAUCCAGAUCCAAGACAUCUCCCGCGACCUACAUCUGCAUGUCUCGCUCUGGGACGCGCGAUCGGCGGCAUCUGAGGGGUUCAUGGGGCACGUCUCGAUGUCAUUGGAGUCGGUCAUUGGGGCGGACGGGGGCAGUCUGACUGCGAGAUGGAUGGGGCUACUGCCGGCGCCAGGUAUGGGCCGGCUUCUGGGAAACGGGAAUGAUUGGGGUGAAGCUGACAACGGAUGUGAAUCUUGGACAGACUUUUUCCACAAAAUCAAUCUGCAGAAAGAAAAAGCAUAUUGGGCGCUACAGCAAUGCGGCCUCAUGACCGGGCGACAGGAUGUCGACAUGGUUACAGUCAAAGCCAAAGCGCUCGUCAAGUCUCUUCAGUCUCCUGUCAAAGGAAAUAUGCGCAAGAAGAAGAUGCACAGACUCAUUGAUACCAAGUUCACCAACACGACUGCAUUUUGCGCGCAUUGCUACUUGGCGCUGACCCUGGGGCGUACACAUAUGCAGUGUUCGCAAUGCAGAGUCAGCUGCCAUGUUUCGUGUUCCAAGUUUAUGGCGAACAACUGCGGGGAUGUCGGUGCCAUCAGAUUGAAGAUCAAGUAUUCGGUCUCCACAAUCCUAUCCUACGACAAAUACGAGCCCUUUGUAGAGCUUCUGGCAAUCGACAACUUCCGCAUCGCCCACCUGUUUGGAAAAGUUAGCAAGGAGCGGGAAGAGGCGGCAUGGCCCAUGCUGGUGCUGACGGAGGCGAGGGAAUGCAGACAGGAGUUCUUGAUAGCCAUCUCGUCGGCGGAGAUUCAGGACACCACUGAUCCGAACACUCUGUUCCGGGGGAAUAGUAUGGCUUCAAAGGCGAUUGACGUCUAUAUGCGAUACCUGGGCAAAGCGUAUUUAAAGAACACACUUGGGGAGAUAAUCAAAAUGAUUGUCAGCAAGAAGAUACAGCUGGAGGUCGAUCCUCUGAAGCUUGACAAGCCGGAAGAAAUCGAGAAGAACAAGAAGAUCUUACUAGACCUUAACCAACGUAUUCUCAACGCUAUCUACGACACGCGGUUUGCUAUCCCAGCCCAAUGGCGAGCGAUUUUCUCCCAUAUUAAGACGCAAGUUACCCAGAAGUUCCCGGACAACCCGACAGUGCAGUAUACCGCCGUCACUGGGUUCAUAUUCUUGCGUUUCUUUGCUCCGUCCAUCUUGGGUCCGCGGUUGUUCGAUCUGGUCGACGAGUACAUUGAACCAAAAACAAGCCGAACACUUACGCUACUCGCCAAAAACCUGCAAGCUCUAGCCAACCUGAUCUCAUUCGGCGAUAAGGAACCGUAUAUGAAGGAUAUGAAUCAGUUUCUGGAGACAAACAAGGAGAAGAUGAAGCUUUACGUGGAUGGCAUUGCGGCAAAGGAGCUGGUUACUCCGAAGGCACCGUCGAUGCAUCAUGUGCGCUAUGAGACCGCGCGGGAAGCAGCACGGCUGGUCCAGCUAUUUGUACGGGCAGCUCCAAGCAUGAUGCAGAACAUGAAUGCAAAAGACGCACCCCUCAUGCGCAAACUUACCACCACUCUCACGCGAGUGCUCAUUGAAACAUCCGCCAUUGAGGGCAAAACUUUUAAUCCAACUUCCGCUCGCGGAUUACGGAAAUCGUACGCCAGUCUCCUCAGCAUCCAACCUCCGCUCGUCCACAGGGAGAGCAAGAUCGAGUCGUUCGAGCUCGAUCUGGAGAAAGUGUACGCUACCUCCACCGAGGCUUUGGAGACCCUCUCCCGAAGCCUUACACAAUCGGGCUCUCAUCUUCAGCUUUCCUCCCCGGCUGCCCUCAACACCGCUUCCAACGAUGCACUCAAUGACGCUGCCACGGAUGCACUUAGUGACACCGUGUCCGUGGACACUCUGGUUGUGGCGAUCCCAGAAUCUGCUGUGUCUGCUAAGAGCCCAGAGUCGCCACAGCCCGACUCGCCAGCGACUGGUGCUCCUGCUGCCAGCGGUUCGGGAGCAGGCCAGCCUCCACUUAGGUUACAAGCACUGAAAGUAUUGAGAUUGGAAGGGCUUACACCGGGGAAGAUGGUGAAAACCACGCCCAUAUCGGAAGUCAAACUCACGUCGCCGGUUCCGGGGAUGUCCCCGACAACGCCAAAUCUGCACACGCGUGCUUCGACGGCGGAAACGGCGGCCUCUUUGUCGACUUUAGCCUCUGCGGUAGACUCUGGAACUUCCCCGCAGUCUAGAGAUGCCGCGACGGCCACGACAUCCAUAAACCCUCCUCAGGACCGCGCAACAACCAUCACACAGAUAUACCCGCCCCACGAUGUCGCCACAUCUACGACUUCGAUAAAUCCACCUCAAGAUGCCGCGACAUCUACGACAUCCAUAAACCCUUUAGAAAAAAGCAUGACUCCCGCGGCCACAAGUGCCUUAGCAACGCUGACUUUUGCACAUGACCGCGCACAUUCAGAAUCGGCCAGUCCGCCGCCUAUCUCACCGCUGUCUCCCGCGAGCUUCGCAAGUCGGACACAAUCAGUUGGAAGGAAGCCGCCUAGGGUCUCGUCGCCCGGCGGACUGCCUGGAGGCAAAAUGGACGCGGCGGCUGUGAUGGCUAUGCUUGCCAAUGCCCGCGCUAGCGUUGUUGCCCAGGUUGAGCAGACGUUGACGACGCACGGACCUUGCGUAGCCUGUCAGAAGAACGUAAUCGGGGAGCAAGUGAUCAGAGUGGGCGGUCAAGUGUGGCAUCCUGACCAUUUUGUAUGCAAGGAUUGCUCACGGACGCUCAAGGCGGAUGAGGCUAAGAUUACUGAUGGACAGGUGUUCUGCGCGCAGCAUGAGCCACUUCCGUGCUCGAACUGCGGUGAGUACGUCACAGAACCGGCAACCCGUCUCAGCAUAGGUGACCGGACAUACCAUCGCAAUUGUUUCCUCUGUCACGCCUGUGGAUGCACUCUUGAGAAGGGGUUCUGCACAUACAUGGAUGCGAUUGUAUGCAUUGAUGAUUUCCUACGAUUCACGGGGGCCAUGUGUGGAGUGUGUGGUGGUAGUAUCCCGGGAGAUUACAUCGACAUCGCGGGCCGGAAAUACCAUGUGGAUUGCAAGCGUUGCGAUAAAUGUGGGGAGCAACUGGCCAACAAAUCCUACUUCACCCUUGAAGACAACGCCUACUGCUCUUCGCACAUGCAAGAGAUGGUGACAUGCCGUGGCUGCAAGCAAAUCAUUACUUCGCUCGGGUCGGGUGGACAGAUUCUCCGGUUGGAUGGAGGGAAAUGCUUCCAUCCGCAAUGUUUCCGUCAUUUUGAUAUAUGCGGGCGGGGCUUUAUGGAUACUGUAUGCGUAUGGCGAAAUCUGGGUCUUUCAGCUGAAGAGGGAAAUAACGAGCCGGGUCGUGGUGCUCUUCUGUCGAGGGUCGAAAGCGCGAAAGUGACGCGUGCUGCGCAUUUCGUCCGAGCAAACGACAAGAUCAAUUCGUUGCCCUGA